AUGUGUGUCUUUCCCUUCUUCGGUUUCAUCGAAAUCACAGCAACUCUCUCUCCCUUUGACGACUCCAACGGUGAUUUCUUCGUCUCUGAAGGAUCUGAUGAUGGAUCAAGACCGUAUCCAGACGCAUUAGUUAGAAACAUAACAGACAGAGCCAUGUACUCUCUAGCUCAAAGCGGGGUAAAGAACAAGCCAGGGCUAUGGCAAUCAUCAGCUAAGAAGAGCAAAUACGAUGAAGAAGGGCUGAGAAGUCUCACCAUUUUUUUAACUUGUUACUCAAGGGUUUGCGCUCGAUCCGGGUGAAGCUGAUCCUUAUGCCGCUAUUCGUGAUUGAUCGAUCUGUACCAGCCGUUCAUCAAGGGAAGGGAUAAGCGAGAUCUGAUCAGUUAUGCUUGAUCAACAAAACCACGACAAGUCCUUGUAUAAAGAGGAGCGAUCUUAGUCCUGGUAUCUUCUUGUUGCGCUAUCUUGUAACUCUUGCACAUGUUUUGUUUGGGCUCUCAAACGAAAAAAGAGAAGAAAGAUAAGAUAAGAUAGGGGGAUGUAUAUGACCUUUGCCAUGACAGGUGCGCUUGCUUGGCAGGUCACAAAACAAACCCUUAAUAAAAAAUGACAGUUUAUUGGUUCUGCGGAGGGAUGGGAGAUGGUAUGGGAUUGGUUUAUUUUCUUUCUUUUGCCCGGCUCUCCAUUCCUCCUCUGUGUGUGUGUGCUCCCCUGUGUCUCUCGGUUUACUUUCUUGCUCAUAUCAUAUGCUUCUUGCAUACCAAGAACAUGCUUCUUGCAUUCACACGUUAUGCUUCUUGCAUUCACACGUUAUGCUUCUUGCAUAAGACACGUUA